UUAAUUUUCUCAGCUAGCAAUUAUUCCUUGUACAUUAUUAUACAUAAAAAUCUCCAUAUUCAAUAAACUUGCUUUGUCACCAUACAUCAAUUCAAAGACCGAAGGUUUUGUUGAUAACAAUAGCAUUGAGCCGGGGCACUCGAAUACGCUAUCAGCUAUUCAGACAAAUACGCAUAGAUUCCUACUGUCCCACUGUGUGCGAGUUCGGAGAAGUUUCAUAAGUAGGCCAAAUACAAUGCAAAUCGGGUAUUAUUCGAAAUCUUAAUCUCUGACAGGGUGGCCAUGCGCAAGUCGAUUAUAUACAUUUUGCUGUGGAUUCUGGCGCUAAGCAGAGUCUCCCUCAGCUCUGUGCUUAAACAGCUUUUUCCCGACUAUAAUUACCAAAAUCCUUCUUGGCCCCAGUGGUAUCCUGACUAUUACAACAGAGGUUAUACGCAGCCACAGGCAGAACGAAAAGUUAAAUCUGCGCGGUCAUAUAAGGACAUCUGCAGGUUGGUUAACACCAAUGGAUUUACAAACCCCGGAGGAGUGCCUCGAUGCCCUUACUAA